AUGAAAAUUCAAACAAUAGGGUCCAAAACCCCUGACCAACAAAAUCAACCCCCAACUCCCCUCACCUCCCCUCCCCUCCCCUCUCGACUUUUGCACCUCUGUUUUUCUUUCACUCGUCGUUUCAAGUUAAUAGGUGAGAUGAAACUCAUUCGAAGUGUACUGUUGUCUGCAAAUAACGGUUUGUCUCGCCAAUUUCAAAGGUCUCAAGCAGUUCGGGCUUUUUCUGCCAGCCCAUUUUCAGGUACUGAUGAUAAGCAGAAUUCUAACUCAAAUGAGUCUUCUGAAGAAUUCGAGCACCGGAUUUUUGGUGAUGCUUCCAGAAGAGGUCCAAGUUUGAGUUCCUUUUAUCAAAAGCUUGAUAAAGCUGAGAAGGCGCAUGACCUAUCCGGUUUCGGAUCUAAAUUCAAUCUUGGAAACAGAUCUAAUUUCUUGGAUGGUCUAGAUGAGAGUUUCAAUACAUUGUCUGAUGGAAUGGAUGAAAAAUUGAAGAAAGCAGCCACGUACUUCGAUUUUGAUCCUGAUGAAAUAAGUAAAGAAGAUUAUGCUUACAGACCAGAUAUGAAUUUCUGGACUGGGAACACUUAUGAUGUCAAGGAUCUUGACAUGAGGAAGCCUGGAAUUCGCAAGCCCUACAAAAGGAAUGAGUUUGAAACAACAUCAGAGGAAGUUUUACGUAAAGCUGAUUUCAGGAAUGUCAGAUUUCUUGCAAACUUCAUCACCGAGGCUGGCAUCAUCAUCAAAAGGAGCAAGACCGGAAUCAGUGCUAAGGCCCAGAGGAAGGUUGCUCGUGAGAUCAAGACUGCUCGUGCUUUUGGUUUAAUGCCUUUCACCACAAUGGGAACGAAACAAUUCACAUAUGGCAAAACAAUGGAGGAUCUAGAUGAAGAUUAUUCGUAUGAGACUUAUGAUCACGAUUUUGUUGAUGAUGUGGUGGAGACCUGA